CCUGAUGGACGUGUUGGCGGAGGACUUGAAGCAGCCGGGCGUGACGGUGGGGCAGAUUGCAGAGAAGCACAACGUGUCCAAAGCACGCCUCGAGGCCGUCAAAAAGCUCAAGAUGGUCGAGGCCGAAUUUGUCCGCCAGGUGAGUUUGGGCACAGCAUGAUGACAAAACAACAUGACAUUCUUUAACAAGACGCACACUGUGUAUAACAACUGUGGUUACAACAUUCUUCACUUCCUGAUACUUUUUCCUCGUGAUGGUACCCGUGCCCCGUGCUGACGCGUGCGCUUUUCUUUCGUCGGCCAUCACGUCUCGCUUAAUUGCUUCACAUCACAGGGUCUUCCUCUCCAACAUGCCUUCCACAACCGCAUGGAGGUCCUCCUCGACGUCAAGAGCCCCGUCAAGAACAAGACUGUGUCUCUGGAAUCACGCCGAGCCGAGGAGCAGGCGCGUGCCCUCCACCCCUCGAC